AGGGCCGUCCCCGUGUUUAUUUAUCUCCACCUCCCGCAGUCCUGCAUAAGAGUUGCGUGUUUGUCUGCUCUUUCCUGGUUCCUCUCUUUCCCUUGCUCUUCCGGACUUGUUCCGGGUUGUCAGAGCGCAGCAUCAUUGCCCCACAGCUUGACUGUUGGAGUCAGAUAUCACCCGUGUCCAUACCUUAUUAUACGACACACUCACGCUCACGCCCACCAUCCACUUUUCCUCGCCAUGAGAUCCUGCAUCCCCAACGUUCUGCUUGUGUCCCUGCUUUCCACUUCUGCGGUGAUCUGUUCCCCUGCACCCUCAGCGCCACCGUCCAAGGGCACGACAAUACCGCUGACAAGACGAUCGGUUCACAAGAGAAGCGCAGCAGAAUGGGACGAGUGGGCUGUACGGCACCGCGAGUACGUUACGAAGAAGUACAAUGGCCAGGUCAAAUCGAAGAGAGCCAGCGGCAUGAACCUCCUGACGGACCAGGAUGCAGAUUCCGACUACUACGGCUCCGUGGCAAUCGGCACACCAGCUGUCUCUUACAACGUCAUCCUGGACACAGGCUCGUCAGAUUUAUGGCUCGCCUCUUCGUCUUGUAGCGGCUGCGCGAGCAGUUCUGGCGGUGGACCUACAUCGGCGGCAUCCAAUUCCAUUCCGCUAUUCGAUCCUGCAUCCUCAUCCACCUUCAAAAAUCUUACGACACCGUUUGCCAUUCAGUACGCCUCGGGACAGGCGACCGGGACGCUCGGACAGGAUACCGUCCAAGUCGCUGGCUUCCAGGUCAGCGAUCAGACGUUCGGGGUGUGCGACACUGCGAAUGGCGUGCUCAGCUCCCCGUUGAGCGGCUUGAUGGGCCUUGCCUGGCAAUCGCUAGCCAGUAGUAAGGCUACACCGGUUUGGCAGACCUUGGCGGCUAGUGGCCAGUGGGAUAGCGGCGUGAUGGGAUUCUUCUUGACGAGGUUUGGUAAUGAUUCCCAUGCGAAGGAGCUCGAACCUGGAGGACAGUUCUCCAUGGGUUACGUCAACGACUCCUUGUACACUGGUUCUAUUGAUUACCAGAAUGUGCCAUCGGACCAGGUAGCGUACUGGACUCUUCCCGUCACAAGUCUCACGGUGCAGGGAAAGAGUAUCAGCUUACCGACCUCUGGAUCGAACCAAUACGCUGCAAUUGAUACCGGUACGACCCUCAUUGGCGGCCCGUCCGACCUAGUCCAAAGCCUGUACUCGAACAUCGACGGCGCUCAGGCAGGGACUGGAAGCUGGGAAGGGUACUGGUUCUAUCCAUGCAGCACCUCUGUGUCAUCGUCGAUAUCUUUUGGCGGCCCGUCCUGGUCUAUUUCGCCGGACGACUUUGAGCACACACAGGUUGACUCUAGCGGGACACAAUGCGUAGGCGCGUUCUUCGAGGUUAACACCGGCGAUAACACGCCUGGCUGGAUCGUCGGUGACGCAUUCUUGAAAAACGUGUACACAGCCUUCCGGUACUCGCCCCCGUCAGUCGGGUUCGCCAGCCUCUCGUCAACGGCCCUGGGUGAAAAUGGUGUCGAUGGGAUAGCCCCCAGUGCCACCAUUGGCAGUCCUGCUGCCGUUGUCAGUUCAACAGGGAAGGCAUCUUCUAAUAAGAACGACGCUACACGCAGUAGAGGAUUCAGCGUGCAAAUUUUGGCGUUGGUCUGGGGCGCUGCGGGUGGCCUGCUGUUGGCGUGAACGGACUACAAUACUUGAUUUUGCUUUUGAUUGAUCACGACGGCUAAUGUUUCUUGAUUCAUUUGUGCUAUGAUUCGGACACCUACAUAGACACUGACAGGCAUAAUUACCACAUGGACCAUGUAGCAUAAUUCAAUCGCAUCGCACGCUCAUUCGUAGUACCAGAUACAUAGAUAGAUACCUCACUUGUCUAGACAAUCGUGGGUUGAAUAAUCAAACUGAGCUGUUGACAUUGUUGCG